ACACAAAGUUAACGUUUUUAAUGCAGCCUUUCGCAUUCUAUAAGCAGUUUGACCUUGACCGACAGUAAUAAAUAUCAUAAAACAUCUAUUACAAAAUGGCUUUUUCUAUAUUUGUUCGAACACAAUAAUUAUUUAAAUAUCUUAAAUAUGAAUGCUUAUAAACUGAAUAAUAAGAUUUGUUAAACUUUAACCGAUUUUUACUUACAGUUUGUACAUACAAGUAUGAUUAUGUUUAUCUUUCGUAUCAAAUUGUUAAUCGUUGAUACAUUGGUAUUUGCAUGGCAAUCACCUUGCUGUGUUCUUUAGACACUCAAAUAUUCCAAAACUUAUAUCUGCAUUAAAAUUUAUCGAAAAUGCACAAGUUAUACUUGCAGUACAUGUUUGUAAAACAAAGACAGCGUACUUUUUUUAAUUGUGUCAUUGGAAUUAUUGCAAGGUGAUUAUUUAAACAAUGCAAAAUAGUUAGUUUCUACAUAAACUCAAUUGCUGGAUAUCCCUGAAUUAUUAUCUGAAAGAUAAUGGAUUAAUUCAAAAGUGGAAUAAUAGAAGAAGCUUAUUGUAAUUUAAAUUAUUGGCUAUGUCUUUAAACUAUAAACCGAGAAAAUAUAAGGCGGCCAUACCGGAAGACAGUAUACCGGAAGUACAUACAGAAUCAGACAGCAGUGAUGAAGAGCAUGGUACAGUCAGAACACAUAGGUGGACUAAAAGACCAAGACUUUCAGUCGUUUCUGAAGCUAAUCCUUCACCAAGAGUAUCAGCGUUUGAGGUGCCAAAUCCCGCCUUUCUAAGACUUCCUAGUGACAAGAAAAGCGAAUCUGAAUUAAAGAAAGCACUCUUUAGAAGAAUAGCUGGAACUUGCUUAGUCAUUAUCACAAUAGUCCUCCUCAUUAUUGUUAUUUAUAUGGUUUCUGAAACGCCAAAAACUCAUGUUUGUAAAUAUGGUGACAGUGACUACGUAACACCACGUGACCUUGAUAACCCGGAAGUGUUCGAUGAUCUCACACCGGAAGAAUAUGAAGCAGUCAACGGUUACAUGAUGCGCAUUAAAGAUCUGAAUCUAAUUCGGUUUCAAUCAGCAACUGUAAACAGUAGUUAUAUCUAUAUGAUAGAUUUAUUCCUGCCAAAUAAAGAUGAAAUUAUUGAAUACCUUGACAAUGGAAGUAAAAGACCCGCACGUGAAGCAAUCGUGACUGUUGUCAGGGGUGAUAGAGUCCCUCCAGUUGUUGAAGAGUAUAUUGUAUCCCCUGCAUCGCUUCCAGAAGAACACAGGCUAUACAAAAAUCCGUCAUAUAAGCAUAAUCCAAUUCCAUAUACUAGUCGGCCAAUAGAUGGUAUUGACAACAAGUUCCUGUUCUCGGUAAUAAUAAACAAAGUAACUGAAGAACUUUACCCAUUGCUGAUUGAAAGUUACGGUAUGUGUCACCAUAACUGCACAAAAGGUGUAAACUGUUUAAAGAUAUUUGUAACAGCACCACGAGGAUUAUAUAAUAGAGACCGGAAGUCAUGGGCUAGAGUAUUUCCGGAUGUUGAUGGCUAUUACAUUCACCCACUCGGACUUCAAUUCCUUAUAGAUCAUAGUUCAACAGAUAUAAAUAAAUGGAGAAUGGUACAGAUAAUAUAUAAUGGUCAAAUGUUUGAAACAGUUUCUGCUUUGAUGAAUGCCUACCGUUCAAAAUCGCUUAAAUUAAUUCAUAUUCACCAUGACAAACAUGAACAACUAUAUUCGUCCUAUGAAGCAAGAGGUGACCGCCCCAAACAUCCAGCACAAGGUCCUAAAUUAACUGAGCCAGAUGGGAAAAGGUUUAAAGUAAAAGGACAGCGUGUUUCUUAUGGUAAAUGGAGUUUCUACUACCAUAUGCGUCCAACAACUGGAAUGCAAGUAUUCGAUGUUAAAUUUGAUGAUGUAAGAAUAGCGUAUGAAAUAAGUUUGCAAGAGGUGCUUGUUUUGUAUUCGGGCUAUGAGCCUUCUCAAGGUACAUCAAAUAAUUAUGAUGCUUCGCGACUUCUUGGAGCAUCAAGUAUGGAGCUUGUAAGAGGAGUAGAUUGUCCUGAUACAGCGGUCUAUCUGGAUACCGUCUUCUUUGCAAAUGCUGGGCGUGCAAAGAGGUAUAAAAACAACGUGUGUUUGUUUGAAAAUAAUGGCGGCAAACCAAUGAGGAGGCACUACCAAGAUAACUUUAAUGACGGAUACAAAUUUUACGGUGGCAUUCGGACUAUCACUUGAUA